AUGCCUAGACUCAAGGCAAAAAAGAGGCAGUCAACGUCAAGUGGAUUUCAAGGGAAUGAUGAUACGGUGAUUAACGAAAGCGCCGGAAGCUCAAGAACGAUAAACUUUCGUGAUGUGCAAGAAUCACUGUACCCCUUCAGUGGCGACGAUUCAUACUCCGUCGAGAAAUGGGUCGCGGACGUUGAAGAAAUGGCCGAGGUCUGUGGAUGGACCAGUCUCGAAAUAUUCAUUUACGGUAAGCGCCUACUUCAAGGAACUGCAAUGUUGUUUAUCCGCGCUGAGUGUGGUAUUAAGUCCUGGGAAACAUUGCGAGAUCGUCUGAGAGAUGAAUUUAGAAACAGAUUGACGGCUGCUGAUGUGCAUAGACAACUAGCUGCACAAACUAGGCAAGAAGGUGAGACGCUUAUGCAAUUUUUGUACCGAAUGAGAGAACUGGCUAUGCAGGGUUCGGUGCAAGACGAUUCCCUAAUUGAUUAUGUUAUAUCUGGCAUUCAAGAUUCCGAAGUGAAUAAGACUGUACUCUAUGGGGCCACCAACAUCGUAGAGUUUAAGCGGAAAUUAGAGGUAUAUGGUGUGAUAAACCAGCGAAUAUUGGUUGAAGCUAAGAAUAAUAUUAAACCACAUGGACGCCGUUCCGAGCCGUAUAAUCAGCUUAGACCUUCACAGCCAGUUGAUAAGUCUUUACUGCGCUGCUAUACGUGUGGGGUCAAGGGACAUCUGUCUCCAGACUGCCCAGAUGCAGCUAAGGGCAUCAAAUGUUUUGCCUGCCAGUCGCAUGGACAUCGAGCAGCCGAUUGCCCAAAUGCAGGUCGGCGAAAUGAGGACGGGCCACAGAUGUAUCAAGUUAACAGUUUGCCAGCUGAUAACCGAAUUUUUAAGUUGGUCAAAGUCCAGGGUGUGGAUACAGCCGCACUGAUAGAUACUGGUUGUGAUAUGAAUAUCUGUCGCCGUUCAUUCAUGAUGUUGUUAUCUCAAGAAUCAGCAGUAUCUGCCAAAGUCAGGUUGAGUGGACCAGCUGGUUCCUCAUUUUACACCGAAAAAAUGUGUGCUGUAGAUUUGUCCGUGGAUGGAAAUACGUAUCACAUAGACUUAUAUUCUGUGUCGGAUGAUGAUAUUUUGUGUGACUUGAUUAUAGGGAGACAUCUAUUCCAAACGAAGGCUGAGUUGCGUGUUGGACCUAAGUUAAUCGAGAUAUCCAGGGUACCUGAACAAAGAAUAAUGGCCAUCGAGACCUGUAUGGACGAAUUGGAUGUGGGGCACCGGCAGUCACUGCCCACUAUUCAGAGAGUUGUCGACUCGUAUAAACCAGUGGCCGCAAGGUCGGCACCCAUUAAGACAAGCAUAAUACUCAGUGAUGACCAGCCUGUGUACCAACGGCCAAGGAGACUGGCCCCAAAAGAAAAAGCUGCUGUAGAUGAACAAGUUGAUGAAUGGCUGCGAGAAGGGAUCAUACGCCCAAGUUGUUCCGACUAUGCGAGUCCUGUGGUGUUGGUCUCAAAGAAAGAUGGGACGAUGCGUUUGUGUAUUGAUUACCGGUUGCUUAAUAAGAAAGUCAUCAGAGACAGGUAUCCGCUGCCCCUAAUUGAAGACCAAAUUGAUCGACUGCGGGAUGCAGCUGUGUUUAGUGUUCUGGACCUCCGUAAUGGAUUUUUUCACGUGCCAGUCGAAGAGGGGAGUGUAAAGUAUACUUCCUUCGUCACACCUAAUGGUCAAUUCGAGUUCCUUCGCACACCAUUUGGUCUGUGCACCGCCCCUUCAGUGUUUCAAAGAUUUAUUAACUUUGUUUUCAGAGACUUGAUCAAGGCUGGAUAUGUCAUGGCAUACAUGGAUGAUCUGAUAGUUGUGGCCAACAGUAUACCCCAGGGUAUUGAACGAUUGGAAGAAGUCCUAAAAGCUGCUCAAGAGUACGGACUAGAAAUAAAGUGGUCCAAAUGCCAAUUCCUGAAGGAGUCUAUCGAAUAUCUUGGGUAUCGCAUUCGACACAACUCCAUCCGUCCGUCCGAGGCAAAAGUAUCGGCUGUUCGACAUUUCCCCAUACCACACAAUGUCAAGAGUGUACAGAGUUUCCUAGGCUUAACUGGGUAUUUUCGCAAAUUUAUACCUGCAUAUUCUAAUGUGGCUAAGCCCUUGAGUGAUUUGCUUAAGCAGGGAGCUUGUUUCGAGUUUGGACAUAAGCAGGAAGCAGCUGUAUUAGAAUUAAAGAAGCGUUUAACCAGUGAACCCGUAUUAACUAUUUUCAAUCCAGCUGCAGAAGCCAUUGAAUUACAUACUGAUGCCAGUCAAUGGGGCUUCGGGGCAGUGUUGUUACAAUUGGAAAAUGAUGGCGAGCUCCACCCAGUUUAUUUUAUGAGCAAAAAAACAACUGAUCCACAACAGAAGUACCACAGCUACGAGCUGGAGGUGUUGGCCAUUGUAGAGGCAAUAAAGAAGUUCAGGUCAUAUCUCCUUGGGUUGCAAUUCAAAAUAGUGACAGAUUGUGCAGCUUUCACGAAGACACUGGAGAAAAAGGAACUAGCCACUCGGGUGGCUAGGUGGGCAUUGUUACUAUCUGAAUAUGACUAUAAAAUAGAACACCGGGCCGGGUCAAGGAUGCCCCAUGUGGAUUCCUUGAGCCGGUAUCCUGUGUGUAUGGCUAUAAAAAGUGAGCUAUUAGCAAGGUUAGUGAGCGCUCAAGAGGCUGACCCUGAACUGUCAACAUUAAAGUUAGAGUCACAGCGGGACAACAGAGAUGAUUUCAGUGUGGAAGGCGGAUUACUUUAUGAACUAAAAGGUAGUAAAAAGUUAUUAGUUGUACCUAGGGCCAUGUGUCGGGAGAUUAUUCAAGAUAUCCAUAAAAUAGGACACUUAGGUGUUAAAAGGACUGAAGAGCUGCUUAGUCAGGAAUAUUCCAUAGCUGAUGUCUCUAACAAGAUUAAAGAAGUUAUAAGAAAUUGUGUACCAUGUAUACUGAUGAAUCGGAAACAGGGAAAGCAGGAGGGACUCCUAAACUGUAUUGAUAAAGGGGAAUCGCCGUUGUCGACUUGGCAUCUGGACUUCAUGGGACCAUUGACUAGGACCGCCAAGGGUUAUAAUCAUAUUCUUGCCGUUGUGGACGCUUUUACUAAGUUUUGCUGGCUCUUUUCAACUAAAAGCACCACCGCAUAUGAAGUUAUAACAAAAUUGACUACAUUGGAAACCACAUUUGGUAACCCAGAACGAAUAGUGACGGAUCGAGGUGCAGCUUUCACUUCAUUGAGCUUUGAGAGUUAUUGUGAAGACCGAGGAAUCCGUCAUGUACUCAUAACGGCAGGUAUGCCACGUGGAAAUGGGCAAGUUGAGCGUUUGAAUGCUACUAUUGCUAACAUCUUAGCGAAAUUGAGCAUUGAUAAUCCUGAUAGAUGGUGGCAGUAUCUACAUCGGGUCCAAAUGGCGUUGAACAGUUCAUUCCAGAGAAGUAUUGGGAUGACACCUUUUCAGCUAACAUUUGGAGUUGAGAUGAAGCAUCCAGAGAAUGUACAAUUUAGGAAAAUAGUGGAGCAAGAAUAUGUGCAAUGCCAUGUAGAACAACAUCAAGAAGUGAUACGGGAGGCCAAGAGCAAUAUAUUAAAGGCACAAUUAGAACAGCAAAAGACAUACAACAAAAAAAGAAAAGAAGCGACACAGUAUGGGCCAGGUGAUUUGGUAGCUAUUAAACGAACCCAAUUCCUGCCUACUUCAAAGUUAUGUCCUAAAUAUCUGGGUCCAUACUGCGUAACCAGGCGCGCCGGACCCAACAGAUAUGAUGUAAGGAAAAUAGGCACUGGGGAAGGCCCAGUGAAGACUUCAACGGGCUCAGAUUAUAUGAAGAAGUGGAAGGAGAAUCCCAAAGAAGAUGAGUUGUCAUCCGAGAUGGAUGUCAUUCAAGAAGAUGAGUUGUCAUCCGAGAUGGAUGUCAUUCAAGAAGAUGAGUUGUCAUCCGAGGCGGAUGUCAUUAAAGAAGGGGAGAAUGUGGGAUUUCAGCACUAG